AUGUGGGAUUAAUCAUUUAAGUUAGUUCCAGAUUAAAAUAUAGCAUUAGUGUUUGACUAAGCUGUAAAUCCAUUAUUAAUAUUUAGCUCAACGCAAAUGAUGAUUAUUUGAGGUUGUUAAAAAUUACAGAAGGUAUAAAAUAUGUAACUUAAAAAUUACCUUAAGCAACAACAUUUUCUAGUUCAAAACUAUUGUUUUAAUGUAAUCUCUAUUUCAAUAAUUUCAUAGUAAUGUGUUUAUAUCCCUUUUAAAAAUCAAACAUAGAAUCUUUAAUUUCUGCAUUUUUUGAGUAUUUCCAGGAUUUUCGUUUCAUAAGUAGCUUCUUUGAGGCUUCAUCAGAUAUUUCUAUGCUUCAGGAAACUAGUACAUAAACUUUAAAAUAAAGAAUUACAAUGUUAUAACGGUUUAAUAAGUAUUCAUUAAUUACAUUUCAAAGCAAACCAAAAGAUGGCCAUGAUGGAUAAUAAUUCAGCUAAGCAGUAACUUAGGAAAUAGUUACAAUAAAAUUGUUUACUGUAAAAUACUUAAAGAAAUUUUUUGAAUUAGCAAAUAAUUUGUAGUUGGAUUUUUAACUUUAUUGUCUGAUGUUUAAACACUAUAUUUAAAACUCAACUAAUUAAAAAUUAAUAGAAAAUGUUAUGGAUUGUUUUUAGGAUUUAAGAUUUACAAUAUUUGCUAAAUGUGAUUGGGUUAAUUAAUUUAGUGAAGAAAUUAUUAUUUGUAAUUAUAUUUAGUUUUAUAGAUAUAGUUUUUAAGAAUACUCCAAAAUUAUUUCCAUCUUAUACUAAAUAUAAAAUAGUUGUAAUUGAAGAAGAUUCUGAUACAGAAAUUGUAAGUUAAACAUAAAUUACUGUAACUUAACAAUAAAAUAAAAGAAGAUCUUAUGUUUCAUCUGAAUAAGACCCUAGUUUAUAUAUAUAAAAUUUAUGUUGUAAAUAAGAUCCAGAAUAACCAUUAUAACAUAAUUCAGUUUUUGAAGAAAUUGAGAAUAUUGAUAUUUUAAUUUAAUUUGUUUUAGAUCCUAUUUAAAUUUCAGUAGCUUCUCUUUGGGUAAAAUGAUAUAAAUAAAUUUUAGGUUGAAAAUUUUCCAAAAUUACCAGAUAUUAUAGAUAAUGAGAAAUAAAUCUUUAAAUAUAAAUCAACUAAUAAUUUGAGUAAAUAUCAAGUAUUUAGAUCUUUUAGAGCCUUAUAAAUUCUAACUAAUAUUGAAAACUUUAAAAAUUUAUUAGGUCAAUAUUCAUAAAUUUUUGCAAAAACAUGUAAAUUAAUUAUUAAUAAAUAGUUGCAUUUAUUAAUAUCACUUUAUAUGAUGAAACUAAAAAUAUUAAUUUAUAUCAUCUUGCCAUGAUGUUAAAAUUUUUAAUCAAUCUAUAACCUAAGUUUUGUAUUAAAUAACUUAUAGAAUAAAAAAUAUUUCCUAAAUUAUUAGAAAUGUCUUAUAAUCCUUCAAUAAAUUAACUAUUGAUCGAAAUGAUUAAUUUUAAUGAAGACAUUAUUAAAUUAGGAAUUUAUUAUUUAGAUUAGUUAUGGUCCUACUUACAUUAACUUAAUUUUUUGUAAUUACUUUCUAAUUAUUCAUUCGAUACAUAACUAGUUGUAGAUACUCCAACUCCUGAUUAAACAGUAAUAAUAAUUACUAUGAAAGGCUUACAAUGACAUAUUUUAAGUAAUUAAAGCUUUAUCUAUAUUUGAUCCAUAGAGAAUGUAAAAAAAAUUGCUAAAAUAAGAAACAUAAGAUAAUAUAAAUUCCAUACAAUCUAAAAAUGAUUAUGAUAAUUUAGAAGCAUUUUAAAAUGAAAAAUAAAAUAAAUUGAAAAAAGCAGAAGAUGAUUUAUUAAGAAGACAAUCAUCUAUUUCAAUGACACAAAAUAAUAGUAAAGUACAUUAAAUCUAAAAAAGAAAAUCAAAUAAUUUUUAUUUACCAAAAAUAUAAUCAAAUACUUCUUGUCAAGAUGGUGAUGGUAUUUUGAUAAAUAAUAGUUAAAGUAUAGAUAAUAAAUUAAAUUCUGGAAAUAUAAAGACAUCACCUUUAAUGAGAAGAAGAAAUUAAACUUCUUAACAUUAAGGUAAAAAUAAAAUGAAAACUGAACAAGAUAAUGAUUUAUAUUCAAAUGAUGGAUUUUCAAGUAGUAAACUUGUUUAAAUCUAUCCAACAACUAAAUCAGUAAUAUUUUUAUCAGAUUUUGAAAAAGAAAAAUCAUAAUUUAAUAAAAAUAAUAUAUCAGAAAAUCAUUUAAAAAUGUUAAUUCUAUUAAUUGAUUAAUUAAUUGUUUUUGCUGAAAAACAAUAAGAAAUGUAAAAAAGAUUACCCAAAACUUAAAUAUUUAAUAUUAAUAAAUUUGCAGAAUUAAUUAUAACAGAAAAGAAUAUAUAUUCAUUAUUUAAGGUAUUUUUAUAUUCAAUUUUGGAAAUCCCACAUAAUCCAACAUCCUUGUCUGUUGAAUGUGGACUUUUAUUACAUAAUCUUUACAUUAAAGUUAAGACUUUAUAAAUAUUUGAAAAUUUUAAAGAAUUGUUAAAAAAUUAAUUUUAAUUAAUAAUAGAUUAUUUAGUUAAAUGCAUAGUUUAAUUAAAUUCAAUUAAAUAAAAACUAGAUUCCUCAUCUUUUGCUUUUAAAUAAUAUAUUUUAGUUUCCUUAAUGACUAAUGGAUUGUUAUUAUAUGACAGAUAAAAUUAUAUGAUUAAAGUAGAUAAAAAUUUAAAAAGUGUUUUCAGAAAUUUAACAGAUACUAUGCUUCAUAUAAUUAUUAUAUGGUUUUCAGAUAGUUAAUAGAAUACAAUAUAUUAAUAAAUCUUCACUAAAUUUAUUACUAUAUAUUUUGCAGGAGCUCCUAUGCCAUACUUAUCCAAUAUUAUUUUUAAAUUAGGAUUAGUUAGUUCGUUAUAUAAUGCAUAUACUAAAUUUUAUUAGAAUGAAAUAAAGGACACAUCAUAUGUAGAAGGCAUUUUUUUUUAUAUUCUAUUAAUAAAUUAUAUUAUUAGAAAUGCAAUAAAAGUGAGAAAUUUAAGUGAUUUAUAAAGUGCUCUUAUUAUAUUAGACUCAUGGUAAUAGCUAGAAUAAGCUCAACCAUUUGAAAAUCCUAUGGCUUUGAGAAAUGCUGAUUAAUUGAUUAAUGUAGAAUAACUGAAAUAAGUAGAAAAAGUAUAACCUAAAAAAAGUGAAGAAAAGAAUCUCAAAUUAAUCAAAACAAAAACAUAAAUAAAUCAAAAAGUAAAUUCCCUUAUGUCCUUAUAAAAGUAUAUUAGUAAAAUCUAAUUUUAGAAAAAUAAGCGAACCUAAUACUAACCCGACAGUGCAAACAGCAAGACCAGAAUAAUCAUAAAGAAAAUUAAUUUGA